AUGAUCCCCGCUAUCCGAUCAGCAUUCGCUGCUACCAGCAGGGUCUCAGCACAACGAGCGCCUUGCCGCUUUGUUGCUGGGUCUAGAGCAUUGAGCUACUCGCCUGCUGCGUGGGCCAAGCAGGGCAAGCCGGCCGACAAGCUCAAAGCAGGACAAGUCGACGAGCAUGCUCGUAUCUUCGACCCCGACUCGCGUGCAGGCACGGCCGCGGCUGCUACUUCAGAAGGGGGCGAUGUCACACAAUCAAGACCUACGGACGUCCCCUCACCUACCCCGGCUUCAGGUAGUGCAAGUGCCUCCGCCCCUCCUGCGCCGGACACGGAUGCCGGUUCCUCCGUCGACCCCGGGUACGACGCUCCUUCUCAAGGUACGGACCCUUUCCCCUUGCCCUUUGACUCGAGGAUCAACCUUGCUUCGCCUUCUCAGUCUGACUCUCUCACGGAUUACGGUGCCCCGCUCCGCGUACCUGGCCGAGAGCCCGGAAACGAAGGUCGAGAGCAACGCAUCCGUCGCUUGAUCUACCAGACACGGAAGCGCGGCAUUCUCGAAACGGAUCUGCUUAUGAGCACCUUUGCGCAGAAGGAGCUGUGGAACAUGCCAGAUGCAGAGGUAGAGGAGUUCGAUCGUCUGCUGGACGAGCCUGAUUGGGACAUCUAUUACUGGCUCGUAGACAGGAAGCCUCUUCCCGACCGGUGGAGGGAGAGCUUUGAGACUGAGGGAAGGCUAGGUUACAGAUUGAGGAGGCAUACCAAGAAUGAGGAGAAGAGCGUGCGAUGGAUGCCGGAUGAGCUGCCCGCUGGCGAGGGCAAGGCGCAGUGAGAGAUGAGCACAGUGAUAGAUACAGAGUUGCCGGCCUGUUCAAAGUGC